CCAAUCUCUAUCUUAUUUGUUCCGAGAAACACAAUAUUCAUCAAUUACAUUGAAUUUCUUGUUAUAAAAAGAUACCUAUCAGUAUGCAAAUAUUUUCUUUGUUGGUAUUUGUCUCCACAAUCUUUACUUUCAUCUUAACCUCAAUAUUAGCCAUAAGCACAAUUGCUCCAAACCAAAACAUAAGUGAUGGCCAAACCAUUACUUCAGAUGAUGAAACCUUCAAAAUGGGCUUUUUCAGUCCAAAUAAUAAUUCAAGGAACCGGUAUUUUGGUAUAUGGUACAACAAGAUUCCCGUCAAGACGGUUGUAUGGGUAGCCAAUAGAGAUACUCCGAUUCUUGACAAUUCAGGUGUGCUGCUACUUAAUGAUAACGGAGCUCUGGUGCUCGUUAAUCGUACUAGUCGCGUAUUCUGGUCAUCAAACUCGUCCGUAACACGAGGAAAUGAUCAAGUAGCCCAACUUCUAGAUACAGGAAAUCUAGUGAUCCGAAAUAGAAACAAUAUGGAUCCCGAGAAUUACUUGUGGCAAAGUUUUGAUCACAUGGGUGACACAUGCCUGCCUGGGGUGAAGUUCGGGAAGGAUUUUGUUCGAGGUAUAGAUAAUUAUUUUAAUUCAUGGAAGAGCGUCGAGGAUCCUUCAAGAGGCGAGUACACAUUUCGGUUUGAUUCUAAUGGUUACCCGCAAGUUUAUUUGAGAAAAGGUUCUCAAGUGACGCAUAGAAACGGGCCGUGGAAUGGGUUGAGGUUUAGUGGUAGCCCGAAUUUGAAACAGAAUGAUAUUUAUAGCUUCGAAUAUGAGUUUAACGAAAAGGAAGUUUAUUACAAAUAUGAGAUGCUUAAUAAAUCUGUUGUGUCAAGGAUGAUUAUAACUCCAGAUGGGUUUAUACAACGGCGUAUUUGGGUCGAGCGAACUCAAGAGUGGGUGCUUUAUGUGACUGUGCAAGUGGAUGAUUGUGAUCGGUAUGGAUUAUGUGGUCCAAAUGGCAUUUGUGAUAUUAACGAGUCUCCAGCUUGUGGGUGUUGGAGUGGGUUUGAGCCGAGAUUUAAAGAGGAGUGGGGAAGGGCAGAUUGGUCAAACGGGUGUGUGAGGAAAGUUGAGAUGAACUGUUUGGGAGGCGAUGGAUUUGUGAAGUUUUCGAAUGUGAAGUUGCCAGAUGCACAAAAGGCGUGGUAUAACGUCAGUAUGAAUCUUAAAGAAUGCGAGAAUGAAUGUCUGAAGAACUGUAAUUGUACAGCUUAUGCAAGUUUAGAUGUUAGGACCCGAACGGGAUGUUUGAUUUGGUCAGGGGAUCUGGUUGAUAUCAGAAUGUAUGCUGAAAAUGGGCAAGAUAUGUAUGUUCGAAUGGCUGCUGCAGAAUUACAUAGGAAUGCUAAAUCAAAAAGAAGAGUGAGGAUCAUAGUCAUUCCUGUAGCCGUGGGUUUGACGGUGCUACUCGGCAUAUUCCUGUAUGUUUAUAGGAGGAUGAAGCUGAAGAAGAAAGGCUUAAGUAGUAUUGUUCGUGAUACAAAAAUUGGGAAAGAGAAGGAGGAGGGGGAAGACUGGGAACUGCCAUUGUUUGACUUCAACACAAUUGCCAAUGCAACAAAAAACUUUUCACAUUGCUGUAAGCUCGGUGAAGGUGGUUAUGGGCCUGUCUACAAGGGAAUGCUGGAGGAAGGGAAAGAAGUAGCCGUGAAGCGGCACUCAAGACAAUCAAAACAAGGAUUAGAUGAGUUCAAGAAUGAAGUUCAGUGUAUCGCCAAACUUCAACACCGAAAUCUUGUGAAGCUUUUAGGAUGCUGCAUCGAGGGAUGGGAGAGAAUGUUGAUCUACGAAUACGUGCCAAACCUAAGCUUGAAUUAUUAUAUUUUUGACGAAGAUCAAGGAGAAAGAAAAUUACUAGACUGGUCGGACCGUUACAACAUUAUCGCUGGGAUAGCAAGGGGGCUUCUCUAUCUUCACCAAGACUCCAGACUAAGAAUCAUUCAUAGAGAUCUAAAAGCUAGCAACAUAUUGCUAGAUAAAGAUAUGAAUCCGAAAAUAUCAGAUUUCGGUUUGGCAAGAAGUAUGGAAGGAAGUACCACUAAGGCAAAUACAGAUAGAGUAAUGGGAACCUACGGCUACAUGGCACCCGAGUACUCAAUUGAUGGAAUAUACUCAAUUAAAUCUGAUGUAUUUAGCUUUGGUGUAUUGGUGCUAGAGAUAGUAAGCGGAAAGAAAAAUCGAGGAUUUCAUCAUACGAAUCACGAUCUUAAUCUUCUUGGACAUGCGUGGAGGUUGUAUCAGGACGGGAUGCAAUUGGAACUUAUAGAUGGGACUAUCAAGGAUUCCUAUUCACGGUCGCAAGUGAAUCGAGCAAUUCAUAUUGGUUUACUAUGUGUGCAAAAGUAUCCUGAGGACAGGCCAAACAUGCCAAUGGUGGUUCUUAUGCUAUCUAGUGAAAUUCCAUUGCCGGAACCUGAACAACCCGGUUUUUUUACAGAAAGGAGACCACAAGAUGGAAGAUCUUCAUCCAGCUCAUACAACCACUUAAGUACCACAUAUAUUCAACCUAGAUAGUAUUUCGUUUUUUAUACGUAAAUAGUUGCGUAUGAUAUCAUCUACACAAUCACGGUAUUAAACAUGUCAGCAAACAUUUUCUAAAUGCUCUUUGUAAUGCUAGUGUUAAAUUCAGAGAACGAGUGUAGAUAAGAUCGAGGAUGCAUAUGACAUGAAGGUCUUUCCCACAUUUGUUGGGUGAAUUAACAAGGA